UAUACUAAGAAUAAAUUGAUUCCUUUGAAUUUAGUAUCUGUCAAAUAUCAUUUAGUUGCAUAUAAAAGCUGAACCAAUAAUAUAAUAGUUAUUCUGCUUAAAACUAUAAGAUAAUGAAGACCGUAAUAGUACUUUGCACGCUUUUAGUGCAAGUAUUUAGUGAUUGCAACUUCAUAAAAAGUAAUAACAACUAUCCCAGGCCUAAUAUAGUAAUAUGCAAUGGAGCAUCCCCUAGUACAAAUGAAGCAAUUUCUAAAGUAGCCAAAGGAAAACCACUCAAUUACAUAGCUAAAUUCACAUUGGAGUCUUACAACGGAAAUUUGAAUUCUGAAGUUUUGUCCUUGUUCACUGGAUUACAAAUAUGUAUCAUCAAAAAUAAUCAAAUUUCGACCUUACCAAACGGACUGUUCGAUUAUUCUUCAGAAAAAUUGGAAUCACUUAGGAUUAUCAACAAUCAAUUGACCACAAUCCAGCCGAAUGUUUUCAAAACUCUUGCGAAGUUGAAGAAACUGGAAGUCGUGAAUAAUAUUGGACUGAGGGAGUUCGACAUCGAAUGGUUGAAAAACAAUAAAAAUUUAGAGGUUCUAGGAGUACCUACUGCCACGUUUAAAACUUUGACAGUUGCUAAAUUAAGUUCAAUGUUUCCCAAAUUGCGGACUUUGAUAGUCAGUGAAGCAGACAAAACCAGUGUCAGGGAUAAAAUUGAAGAGAUUCGACAAAAAUAUACUGUUUCUACUCAAUGAUUUAUUUUGUUUGGCAAUAAACGAAAUGAUAGCUAA